AUGUCCACCUGGCUCGGUUUUCGCAAUCGCUAUCGCGCGGCAUGCUGGACCCUUUUUGGUGGUGCGCUUUUCGUGUUCGCGCUUGUGCGCCUCAAGUACUUGGAUUUCUAUGGCGCCUUCUGCGGCUCCCGAUCGUCCGGUGCAUUGCCAGGAGAAUGUUUUUACUUUCUGCAGCCUGGCCUGGCAAGGACCGGAAUGAUCGUCCAUCUUUACUGUGUUUUGCCCGCCAGCAUAUUAGCGGUGGGACAGUUCGUACCUGUAGUUCGACGCAAGGCUAUCGCAGUCCAUCGCAUCAAUGGAUAUGCGUGUUUAGUCCUUGGCCUGGUAGGAAGUAUUGCUGCAUUUCCCAGUUUUCGACGUGCUUUCGGAGGCGACCCAGCAGCACAGUUGGCAAACUUUACGCUACUUGCUUUAUUCGUUUGGGGAUGUAUCAUGGGAUAUUGGAGUGUUAAAGGUCGCCGAAUCCGAGACCAUCGUGCCUGGAUGCUGCGGGCCUGGUGCUAUGUCAGUCCCAACAGCCUAGAUAUCUCAGCCGGUGGUAUCAUCACAGUACGAAUCCUAAUGAUUGCAUUUGCUGUUAUAAUUUCUAUAAUCGAAGGUUACUACAUGGCCCAACCAUGCGAUAAAAUCGACUUCGUCCUCGAUGGUCGCAAUAACACGCUGAGCCGAUAUCCUGGUUGCGAACCCUUCUACUCCGGCAAAAACCUCAACCAGCACGUCGUUGUUGACGCAAAUGUAAUGAAUAUAAAUAUGGAUCUCAUGCAACUAGUGGCUGCAUUCAACGUUGCUUAUCCCAUGAGUGCGUGGAUAUCACUCUCUAUCCAUGUGAUAGGCCCCGAGCUAUAUCUCCGAAUGACCCAGGACGGAAUGAACUCGUACAAUUCCUCUACCCAAAAAAUGUACAGUAACAUGAAGAAGGACUGA